GUGGCGGAAGUGGCUGGGGAGUGAAGGGACGGGGAGGGGGCGGUUCCCCGUGAGACAGAGGAGCCGGAUGUUUGCCGAUCUUUGACAGGCGUGGCAGGGAGAGCGGUGCCCCUCCACGGGUUCUCUGUGGGUUCUGCUGUGUGGAGCUGUGGGGUGCAGGCUUGGCCAUGGACCCACUCUCAGAGCUGCAGGAUGACCUGACCUUGGAUGACCCCAGCCAGGCUCUGAACCAGCUGAAGCUAGCUUCCAUCGAUGAGAAGAACUGGCCCUCAGACGAAAUGCCUGACUUUCCGAAGUCAGAUGACUCCAAGAGCAGUUCCCCAGAGCCUGUCACACACCUGAAGUGGGAUGACCCUUACUACGACAUCGCCCGGCACCAGAUCGUGGAGGUGGCAGGGUGUGAUGAGCCUGAGGGGGCCCAGCCAGGAGAUGACAAGUACGGGCGGAAGAUCAUUGUGUUCAGCGCCUGCCGAAUGCCCCCGAGCCACCAGCUGGACCACAGCAAGCUCCUGGGGUACCUGAAGCACACCCUGGACCAGUACGUGGAGAGCGAUUACACGCUGCUGUACCUACACCACGGCCUCACCAGCGACAACAAGCCCUCCUUCAGCUGGCUCCGGGAUGCCUACCGGGAGUUUGACCGCAAGUACAAGAAGAACAUCAAGGCUCUCUACAUCGUGCACCCCACCAUGUUCAUCAAGACCCUGCUCAUCCUCUUCAAGCCCAUCAUUAGCUUCAAGUUCGGGCAGAAGAUCUUCUACGUGAAUUACCUGAGUGAGCUGAGCGAGCAUGUGAAGCUGGAGCAACUGGGGAUCCCCCGCCAAGUGCUCAAGUAUGAUGACUUCCUCAAGUCCACACAGAAGAGCCCCGCAACCGCCCCCAAGCCCAUGCCACCACGGCCCCCUCUGCCCAACCAGCAGUUCGGUGUCUCCUUACAGCAGCUCCAGGAGAAGAACCCAGAGCAGGAGCCCAUUCCGCUCGUGCUGCGGGAGACCGUUGCCUACCUGCGGGCCCACGCUCUCACCACUGAGGGGAUUUUCCGGAGGUCGGCCAACACCCAGAUUGUCCGGGAAGUGCAGCACAAGUACAACAUGGGGCUGCCCGUGGACUUUGAGCAGUACAACGAGUUGCACCUGCCGGCAGUCAUCCUCAAGACCUUCCUCCGGGAGCUUCCCGAGCCCCUGCUCACCUUUGACCUCUACUCCCACGUGGUGGGCUUCCUCAACGUUGACGAGAGUCAGAGAGUGGAGGCGACGCUGCAGGCCUUCCGAACGCUGCCCGAGGAGAACUACCUGGUGCUGCGUUUCCUCACUGCCUUCCUGGUGCAGGUCUCGGCCCUCUCUGACCAGAACAAGAUGACCAACACUAACCUGGCCGUCGUCUUCGGCCCUAACCUGCUGUGGGCCAAGGACGCCGCCAUCACCCUCAAGGCUAUUAAUCCCAUCAACACCUUCACUAAGUUCCUCCUGGAUCACCAAGGAGAGUUGUUUCCUAGCCCCGACGCCAAGGGGCUCUGAGUGCCCGCCCAGCCCGCCCCCUGCUCAGACAGCCCCCACUCUGGACUUUCCCUCCUGGCUCCAGCCUUAUGAGAGCCUGGGGCUCCUGCCCCGAAAAGGGGCCCUGAGUCCCCGGGAGAGGGAAGCUGAAGCCCGCCCCCGGGACAGCUCCUCCUCCCUUUCUGUCCGGCUCACCUAGCCGGCUCCAGUGGCCUCACUGUAACCACAAGACCUUCUCUCUUCGCCUUAUACUUCUCACUGCCUCCUUGGGUCCCUGGCUCCUGCGAGGCUCUGCAGAGCUGGCUCUUCAGGCGGGAGGCCUGGCCCCAGCAACCGCUCCCCUGCUUCCUCCUGCCUGUGUCCCUGGCAACUGGAGAUGCCAGAAUCACUGCCGGCUGGGCUGGUAGCUGGGGCUGGUCCUCUCCCUUCUGCCUUCGGGGGAACGAAAGGCUGCGCUGGCUGGGCUGGCCCUGCCGAGGCUCCUCCCUGUCUGGGGGAAGGCCUGGUGGCAGGCACCCUGUUCCUGUCUUCUCCCCUCUGACGGCUCAUCCUUUGGCACUUCCACAGCGUACGGACGGCAGGCUGGAGUCCCACGCCUGCCUUCUCUUCCGCACAUCCUGGGUCAGCCUUUCCCAGAUGGUACUGCCCCCCGGGCAUCCUCACACCCCUGGUUCUCCUGCCAGGACUGGGAGCUUGGGUGACGGGGCUGGGACCCUGCCUCCGUUCACAAUAGACGCCCCACUCUCAGCCCUGACAGCCCCCUAGGGUCCAGUCAGACCGGUGACCAGCAGCCCCCCGCCCACCCCCUGCCUUGCCUCUCCUUCCCCCCCGACUUGGACACAUCCUUGACCUAGUCUGUCCUGGAGUCACAGGGGGCCCUGCUCCGGCCUGGCCUGACUCAGGGCCUCAGAUGGAUGGUGGCUCCUUCCUCCAGUUGCAGACUCCUGGAGGGGCCGGGUAGAGACUUUGCUGAUUAGAUUGGCCCCUGCCAGGUAAGUUCUAGCAGCCUCCCCCUGGACCUGGUGAUGGCGGAGGCCCCUCUUUCCAGCUGUCCCUUCCUGGUGAACCUCCUUCCUGAGGCCUCGGCCGGAGCCCGCACCAUGGAGGCCUCUCUGACCAGCCCUGCCCCAUCUGCGAGCUCUGUCCCCAGGACACUGGCGUGUCAGGGCCCCCACGGACGGAUGUGGCUGCUGUCAGCCACUGUGUCUCCAGGCCAGGCCCAGGCUUCUGCUGUCUGCCUGCCUUAGUACAUCAGGUGUUGCUCGCCGUUCCAUUUACUGGGGAGCCUCGUGGAUCUGUUCGGUCUCUCUCCUGUCCCCCUCCCCCCGCCCCUCACCGCUAGUCUUUACCUGGGGGCGCGGGGGACUUGUACUAUGAAUCAAGUGUUCACAUUCAUACUUAAUGACUUCCUUGGCACCAAUCGUGUAUUUUACCUUUGCACUUUUUAUAUUUCAGUAAAAAUCGAAAUGGAAAACUUUG